UUUCCCAAGAAUUUGAUUGAAUUUUUUGACCAGCAAAAAAGACAAUGGCCACAAAUUGUCAGCAUACUUAUUUGUUCCUAUUCUGGCAUACUAUAUGGUCUAUCCUUUGGUUGGUCAUCGCCAGGAAUCGUGCAAGUAACCAAUGAUAAGAUUAACUACAACAUAACAGACGAAGAAGCGUCAUAUUUUACUGUGGUACCCUACUUGAGCAUGGCUGUAUUAGUGGUACCGAUUUCAUACCUGAAUGAUGCUAUAGGAAGGAAGAAAACAAUUAUGAUCAUGAUAAUCCCUUUCACAAUAGGUUGGAUAUUAAUUAUAUUCGCAAAGUCGGUGUAUACUUUUUAUGUUUCGAGGCUUUUCAUAGGGGUAACUGAAUGCCUGUUCAUCUCUUUACCGAUGUAUAUCGGGGAAAUAUCGUCUCCCAACGUACGGGGGAUGUGGGGUAAUGCUCUCGCGGUUUCAGUGAACUUAGGAUUCCUCCUGAUCAACAUUAUCGGUACCUACAACUCUCUCCUAGUGACUGCUUACAUUUGUCUGGGUCUAUGUUUGGUUCUCCUCGGGAUUUCUCCGUUUUUGACCGACACCCCUUACUUCUACAUCAUAAAAAAUGAGGAGGGGAAAGCCAGGAAGACCCUGCAGUAUCUAUAUCAGAGUGAAGAAGUUGAGGAUUUAUACAAACUAAUAAAAUCUGAUGUUGAGAGACAGAUGUCCGAAAAAGGAACAUGGAUGGACAUCUUUAGCAUCAAAAGCAACCGUCGUGCUUUGAUUUUCGGUUUAUUUCUGCGUUCCUCGGUUGCUUUGAGCGGUGCAGUUUCUUUGACAGCUCACGGAAUGGAAAUUUUCACGGAUAAUGGACCUCUAUCGCCACAAAUGUCUUCUAUUUAUUUAUUGUCUGUCGUGAUUAGCACUUCUUUAGUUGCUGCCUUUACGAUUAACAAGUUUGGAAGAAAGCAAUCGUUUUCAUAUUCGUGCUUGUUAGCCUCAAUUUCUCUCUUCAUUUUAACCAUAUAUUAUUGGUUGGAAGAAUUUCAUCCCGACUUAGUUGUUACGUUAUCUUGGAUGCCUUUGUUUCUACUCACGAUAUAUGCCAUAUUCUACGUGAUGGGAAUAGGCACCAUCGGCAUUCUCAUGAUGGAGGAAUUGUUCUCCGCUAGCAUUAAAUCCAAAGCCUUGUGUCUGUGCACAUUCGCAAACUGCAUUGUUUCGGCUUUGGUUAACGAAAUAUUCAAUGUUUUGAAUCUGACCUUCGGUUUGUACGCCAUGUUUCUAUUUUUCUCCAUAUCUUGUGCAGCCAUGUUCGUUCUAUCUUUUUGGUUGGUGCCCGAAACUACCGGAAAAACUUUGGAGGAAAUUCAACAAGAUUUAAAGAAAUAAACUACUUAUCUCCUAUAUAGUUUUGCAUUUACAGUUUUACCUUUAUUUAUUUGUCUGUUAAUAAAAAAAUAUAUACUUUCGUUGAAUGUAUUACUCAGUACGACAAAAUUUGAUUUUUUUCCCUCCCAUUAAAAAGUUCUAUAGAUUUUGAAAAUAGACUAAAAAAUGAUACCCGUGUCUCAAUGAGAGUUUCUGAGGAACGGUUAAAGAUAUCGAUUUUAAAUUUUUAAAGCGUUUAUAAUCCAAUUAAGCCUAUUUCUCUAAAAUAUUUUAAACAAAAUGCCACUUCCGGCUUGACCGGAAGUUACACCAACUUUGUU